AUGUUCCGCGGUCGCAGCGCUUGGUUCUCUCAGAGCGUCAGCCCGGGCCCGCGGGGGCUCUGGGCAGACGGUGGUGGCACCAUCACCCACUGGCUGGAUGCUGACUACCUCUUCAGCAGCGAUGCAGCCCACCCCGACACCCGCAGCAUACACGAGAGCCUCAGUUACUUGGAGGGCAGAGCCACAGUCUUUCACUCCCGUUACCUCUCGGUGUGUGCAGACACUGGCACCAGAGGGAAGCCCUCGGUGGUUCUGGGCCACUUUGUCCUGCCCCCUGCCUGCCUGCAAGAAGAGAUCAGAAAGAAAAUUGGCUGGUUUAUUUGGGAGAAUGCAGAUGCCCUUGAAGAACAGCCCAACGAAAACCCGACAGAUGAACCGGAGGCGACAAGAAAAGACUGCGAGGAAGAAACAGAGGAGGAAGCACUAGACCUGGCUGAGAGCAGUGACGAAACAGACUCCGAAGCACCUGCCCAGGGAGAAUUUCCAUGCCGUGCCCUCCAGGAAUACCCAAUGAAUAACAUGGUGACAGGCUACACCUCUGCACGGGACAUGAAGAAAUACGAGGGGGAACUCCACGACUUUAUCCCCGGCACCUCGGGCUACGCUGCGUACUGGGUUCAAAGCAAAUUUAGCAUUUACUGCAAGAAGACCAAAAUGAAGAGGAGAUUGUAAGGAACAGGUA